AUAUUUUACUGACAGCCAUGCAGCAUAAAGGCAUCAUGCUGAUUGUGUUCUUGGAAUAUUUUAUUUCUGGACAUGGGGAAGCAGAUCCCACGAGGCCACGAGCCUUCCGCUGCAACGGCCGUGCCUGCAACCCUCCCGUGGGAAACCUCGCCACGGGAAGGACACCAGUGACCACCAGCACGUGUGGCCAGAACAGCACAGAGCUCUACUGCUUCUACCCAGACCAGAACCUCCUCCACCACGUCUCCCCUGGCUGUGGGCAGCCCCGCUGCACCAAAUGCAACAUCAACCAGCCCGAUAACUCCCACCUUCCUGCUGACAUGACAGAUGAUUUCUUUGCAAACCCCAUCUCCUGGUGGCAGUCUGCCCAAGGGGUACACAGAGAAGAAAUCCGACUGGACUUUGAAACAGAAUUCUACCUGACCCACGUCAUUGCUGUGUUCAAGUCACCUCGCCCAGCUGCGAUGGUGUUGGAAAGGUCCCAGGAUUAUGGGCAGACUUGGAGGCCCUACAAGUAUUUCUCUGUCAACUGUACAGCUACUUUUGGGCUCCAGGAUGAUCUCAUUGAGGAAGGCUCCAUGUGCACUUCCAGGUAUUCAGAUGCAGUGCCCUGCACCAGAGGAGAGGUGAUUUAUCGUGCCUUAAGUCCGGCUAACAAGAUCGAAGACCCUUACAGUCCUGAGGCUCAGGAUCUCCUGAAGCUCACCAACCUCCGCCUGCUUUUGUUAAAAAGACAGGAAUGUCCAUGCCAUGGCUCAGGAUUGGUAGAGAAACCCCAAAGAUUUGCCCACUAUGCUAUUUAUGACCUGAUCAUCCGGGGAAGCUGCUUUUGCAAUGGGCAUGCAGAGGAAUGUGAGCUUGCCAACAGGACGGGACCAUUUGAUGCACUCUCUUUUCCCUGGCAGGUCCAUGGGAAGUGUGUGUGCAGACACAACACGGCAGGGGACCACUGUGAGAAAUGUGCUCCGCUCUACAACGACCAGCCUUGGAAGCCAGGAGAUGGGAAAACAGGGGCACCUAAUGAAUGCAGAAAGUGUCGCUGUCACAACCACGCCGAGAGCUGCCACUUCGACCUGGGCGUGUGGCUGGCCUCGGGGAAGCGCAGUGGGGGAGUCUGUGACAACUGCAAGCACAACACGGAGGGACAUCGGUGCCAGAGGUGCAAACCUGGCUUUUACCGGGACAGAGGGAAGCCCAUGUCUUCUCCAGAGGUCUGCAAACCCUGUGCCUGCCAGCCCACGGGUUCAGCCAACGCCACGUUCAGCAGCAGCUGGAGAUGCCACCCCCGGACAGGAUUCUGCUACUGCAAACCAGGAGUGGCAGGUCCCAACUGUGACAGGUGCCUCGUGGGCUACUGGGGCUUUGGAGAAAAUGGCUGUCGCCCCUGUGACUGCGCCAGGGACUGUGACCAGCGCACUGGGACCUGUUUCAAUGGCUAUGACAGUGAGCCCUUCUUUCACAUCCCCAUCGGGGGACGAAUUCCCGACCUCGUCCAAACGCCAGCCAACGAGAGCGAGGAGGAGUGGAAAUGGAACGAUCACGAGCAGGGAUUUUCUGCACUGAGGCACCCAGAGAAGUGUGUGUGCAAAGAAAAGGUGCUCGGAAGCGUCAGUGACUUCUGCCAAAUGAAAUAUGCCUAUGUAAUAAAAGCAAGAAUCCUGUCUGCUCAUGACAAAGGGACCCAUGCAGAAGUUGUUGUGAAAGUGAAGAAGGUCCUGAAAUCAGGGAAAGUGAAAAUUGCUCGGAGCAACAGAAGCAUUUACCCAGAAUCAUGGACCAACAGGGGCUGUACGUGUCCCAUUCUCAAUCCUGGUACUGACUAUCUUAUAGCAGGCCAGGAGGACUCUAGGACUGGCAAACUUCUUGUGAACAUGAACAGCCUGGUAAAACCCUGGAAGGCAUAUUUGGGAAAACAAGUAUCAGAUAUUCUUCGAACUGGAUGCAAAUAAUUUCUGCUUCAGAAAUUACAGUGCUGGACUUUGCCUUUUAGUAACACUGCAGUGAAAGGCGUAGUUAGUUCAAGCAUUCUCAUUCAACAUGUUCCUAGCUGAAGUGAGGAAAGCAGACCUGCCAUCCCUCUUUUCAUGUGCUUAGACAGGAAACUUGGGACAUGACUACUUUAACAAAAAAAAAAAAAAAGCACAGCCUUAUCAUACAAGAUUACCUAGUGCAUCAUAUAUAGAUCACAAGUCAGUUCUUCACUUGAGCCUGAUUCCAGCCAGAAUCAUUUUACAAGGCAAAACUAAAGAUAUGGACUAGUGUUUCUAUACUUCAGGCCAGAGUCUGAUAAUAAUAUGCAUAAACUGCUUUCAUAAUACAUUCAUUACUGGAGUGUAAUUUUCUUUAUAAAUGACCACUAAAAGGCAGCAAUUUCUUUCAGCUUUACAAGUGGCAUAAAACUAAAUAAGCAUAUAAGAGAGCUCAAACUGAUUUACCAUCAGACUGCAGUUAUGCCAAUAUAAUAGGCUGCUUUUUAGGAGACAAUAUUAUCCCACUGCCCAGCAGAAACAAACAUGUGGCUUAUCUCAGGACAGUGUCCUUUAGACAUGUGCACUGCUAUCAUCAAUGCUUAGUGCUGAGCUCUGCUGCAGAAACCACCUUGGCUCAAACUCCAUUCCCAAUCCAACUCUGUGCUGUAGUAUUUAGUCUGCAACACCACAAAGGUUUCACAGCAAUAACUGCAAAUAAGCCUUAAUUAUAAGAAAAAGCCAAAGCGUGAGGAACUAGCAGCUGCUCUAAAGUGGAAAUUGUGACACUACAAAAGCCACAAAGCAGAAACAGGAGGUAAAUGGACUGGCUGGAGCAUGUAUCAAAUGAGGUAAGCUGUAGUUCUGGGAGAGCAACCUGGCUGUUCCAGCUGUGCUCAAGACCACUGGCCCUCGAGUGCACUUAGUGCUUUCAUUGUGCUUUAUUUCUCUUGGUCACACUUCAGGGCAAGAUGCUGAAACUCUGCUUCCUUCCCAUAGUGCCUGAGGAUUAUUUCUCCCUCUGCAAAAGUACAGGAGUGGUAACAUCUGCACUCCAGGUAAAAUUAGUUCUGCUCUGCAAAAGCAUUAUUUCUAAAUCAAUUUUACCCUAUAGUAAUCAAGAGGUAGCUACUUAAAUCCUUCCCUAACACAGAAUUUUGAGGAAAUUGAAGUUUGAGAAUCUGUCCCCUGUUUAAGGACUCACAACCAAAUGAAGUUGGUUGGAGCACUCUCUCUUCAACUAAGGAAAAAUCACAAUGAAUCAAUCUAUAUUCUUUCAGGGAGUUACAGAGAAAGAGAAGCACACAUGCUACUUUUGCAUGUUUCAAUUCCAUGUCUAAUUUUUAAUACUCCUAGGGAAGAGGAGAUGUUUUCAUUUAGCACUGUCUGACUGCUAAGUGGGACACCUAGAAACCCUAAUACUAAUGUAGAACAAUGGAAAUCCAGCCUACAACUUACGUCAUUGUUUUGAUCACUUUACCAAUGAGAACAUAAAAAUUCAGCCUCUUCCAUUCUAUUUACUGCUAUUUUACUUUGAAUUUCACAUUGAUUAACAGCAGAGAUAUCCUCAGCUCAUUUGGAAAUGCAUGACAGGCAAAAAAAGGAAAAGUUUUUUGUGGGUUUUUUUUUUCUGUGGUUUUUUUUUUUUUUUUUUUUUUUUUUUUUUUUAGGGGAAAAAAAAGCUCCAAUUUGUUUCCCAACAGGAUAUAAACAGUGUUUCUAGUGUUUCUUCCUCCCUCUUUUUCAGGAAAUUUCCCUUCCUCCACUUCUUUCCCCCUUUGACUUCAUAAUUUAUUUGUUGUUACCUAAACUGGUAUCCAACAAUGUGGCAUCUCCAACAAGCUAUUUAAUUAAUGCAAUAAAACACUUUUUAACCAA